ACCGACGGGCGGGCAUGCGGGCGGCUCGACUCUAGCCCGGGCUCAGGGCUCCGGCCGCAGCCAUGGAGCGGCGGUUGCGCGCGCUGGAGCGGCUGGCGCGGGGCGAGGCCGGCGGCGGCCCGGGGCUCGACGGCCUCCUGGAUCUGCUGCUGGGGCUGCACCAAGAGCUCAGCAGCGCCCCCCUGCGGCGGGAGCGCAACGUGGCGCAGUUCCUGAACUGGGUCAGCCCCUUCAUAGCAAAGGUGAAAGAGCUGCAGCUGCAGAGAGAUGACUUUGAGAUCUUGAAGGUGAUCGGCCGAGGGGCCUUCGGGGAGGUCGCUGUGGUGAGGCAGAGGGACAGUGGCCAGAUUUUUGCCAUGAAAAUGCUGCACAAGUGGGAGAUGCUGAAGAGGGCCGAGACGGCCUGUUUCCGGGAGGAGCGGGACGUUCUGGUGAAGGGGGACAGCCGCUGGGUGACCGCUCUGCAUUACGCUUUCCAAGAUGAGGAGUACUUGUACCUGGUGAUGGACUACUACGCUGGAGGGGACCUCCUCACUCUGCUGAGCCGCUUUGAGGACCGUCUCCCGCCCGAGAUGGCCCAGUUCUACCUGGCCGAGAUGGUGCUGGCCAUCCACUCGCUGCAUCAGCUGGGCUACGUCCACAGGGACGUCAAGCCGGACAAUGUCCUGCUGGACAUGAACGGGCACAUCCGCUUGGCCGACUUUGGCUCCUGCCUACGGCUCAACAACAGUGGCAUGGUGGAUUCGUCGGUGGCAGUGGGGACGCCCGACUACAUCUCCCCUGAGAUCCUGCAGGCCAUGGAGGAGGGCAGGGGCCACUACGGCCCACAGUGUGACUGGUGGUCCCUGGGGGUCUGUGCCUACGAGCUGCUCUUUGGGGAGACGCCCUUCUACGCUGAAUCCCUGGUGGAAACCUACGGCAAGAUCAUGAACCAUGAGGACCACCUGCAGUUCCCCUCAGAUGCGCCCGAUGUGCCGGCCAGUGCCCAAGACCUGAUCCGCCAGCUGCUGUGCCGCCAGGAGGAGCGUCUGGGCCACGGAGGGCUGGACGACUUCCGGAACCACCCCUUCUUCGAAGGCGUGGACUGGGAGCGGCUGGCGACUAGCACUGCCCCCUACAUCCCCGAGCUUCGCGGACCCAUGGACACCUCCAACUUCGACGUGGAUGACGACACCCUCAACCAUCCAGGGACCCUGCCGCCACCCUCCCACGGGACCUUCUUAGGCCACCACCUGCCAUUCGUGGGUUUCACCUAUACCUCAGGCAGUCUGGGCCCUGAGAGUUCUGAGCAGUUGGCUGCCCUGGAGCGGAAGCUCCGCUGUUUGGAGCAGGAGAAGGUGGAGCUGAGCCGGAAGCUCCAAGAGGCUCUGCAGACCCCCUCAGACCAUCGGGAGCUGGAGCAGCUACGGAAGGAAGUGCAGACUCUGCAGGACAGGCUGUCAGAGACGCUGAGGGACAGCAAGGUGGACGGGCGCCCGGCUGGUAGCUCAGGCCAGGACAGUGACCUGCGGCAGGAGAGAGACCAGCUCCUCCAGGAGCUGGUCGAGGCUCGGGCAGGGCUGCGGGCGCAGGAGCAGGAGCUGUGCAGGGCCCAGGGGUGGCAGGAGGAGCUGCUCCAGAAGCUGCAGGAGGCCCAGGAGAGAGAGGUGGCCAUGGCCAGUGAGACCCAGGCCCUGAACUCCCAGCUGGAGGAAGCCUGGGAUGCCCAGAGGGAGCUGCAGGCCCAGGUGGCCACCCUGAGCCAGGAGGUGACGCAGCUCCAGAGACAGCAGGAACGAAGCCUGGAGAAGGAGCCUCCCCAGAUCAAGACCAUCCACACCGCCUCUGAGACCAACGGCACAGGAUUGCCUGAGGGCAGCAGGCCUCAGGAAGCACAGCUGAGGCAGGAGGUGGCUGCCCUGCGUGUGCAGCUGGAGCAGGCCCGCGGCCAUGGGCCGAGUGGGAAGGAGGCGGCUCUGCGGCGGCUGCAGGAGGAGAACCAGCAGCUGAGCCGCGAGCAGCAGCGGCUGGUGGAGGAGCUGGAGCAGGAGCAGCAGAGCAAGCAGAGACUGGAGGGCGAGCAGCGGGAGACGGAGAGCAACUGGGAGGCCCAGAUCGCCGACAUCCUCAGCUGGGUGAAUGACGAGAAGGUGUCAAGAGGCUACCUGCAGGCGCUGGCCACCAAGAUGGCCGAGGAGCUGGAGUCCUUGCGGAACGUGGGCACCCAGACUCUCCCUGCCCGGCCGCUGGAUCAUCAGUGGAAGGCACGGCGGCUGCAGAAGAUGGAGGCGUCGGCCAGGCUGGAGCUGCAGUCAGCACUGGAGGCCGAGAUACGGGCCAAGCAGGGCCUGCAGGAACGGCUGACGCAGGUGCAGGAGGCCCAGCUGCGGGCUGAGAGCCGUCUGCAGGAGGUCGAGAGGCAGAACCAGGGCCUGCAGCAGGAGCUGGCUACCCUCCGGGAGGAGCUGCGGGCCCAUGGGCCGGGGGACACCAAGCCCUCAAACUCCCUGAUUCCCUUCCUGUCCUUCCGGAGCUCAGAGAAGGAUUCCACCAAGGACCCCGGCGUCUCAGGGGAGGCCCUGAAGCCUGGGCUGGAGCCCGAGCUGAGGCCAGAGGGCCGACGCAGCCUGCGCCUGGGGGCUGUGUUCCCCAGAACGCCUGCUGCUACCACACCCCCUGCAGAAGGUCCUCCUGCAAAGCCUGGCUCACACACGCUGCGCCCCCGGAGCUUCCCAUCCCCCACCAAGUGUCUCCGCUGCACCUCGCUGAUGCUGGGCCUCGGCCGCCAGGGCCUGGGCUGUGAUGCUUGCGGCUACUUCUGUCACUCGACUUGUGCCCCACAGGCCCCACCCUGCCCCGUGCCCCCUGACCUCCUCCACACGGCCCUGGGAGUGCACCCUGAAACGGGCACGGGCACCGCCUACGAGGGCUUCUUGUCGGUGCCACGGCCCUCGGGUGUCCGGCGGGGCUGGCAGCGAGUGUUUGCUGCCCUCAGUGACUCGCGCCUGCUGCUCUUUGAUGCCCCAGACCCGAGGCUCAGCCCGGCCAGCGGGGCCCUCCUGCAGGCACUGGAUCUGAGGGACCCGCAGUUCUCGGCCACCCCUGUCCUGGCCUCGGAUGUUAUCCACGCCCAAUCCAAGGACCUGCCCCGCAUCUUUAGGGUGACGGCCUCCCAGCUGACGGUGCCGCCUGCCACGUGCACCGUGCUGCUGUUGGCGGAGAGCGAGGGCGAGCGGGAGCGCUGGCUGCAGGUGCUAGGCGAGCUGCAGCAGCUGCUGCUGGACGCACGGCCCAGGCCCCGGCCGGUGUACACGCUCAAGGAGGCCUACGACAACGGGCUGCCACUGCUGCCCCACGCGCUCUGCGCCGCCAUCAUCGACCAGAAACGGCUUGCUCUGGGCACUGAGGAGGGGCUGUUUGUGAUCCACCUGCACAGCAACGACAUCUUCCAGGUGGGUGAGUGCCGGCGGGUGCAGCGGCUGGCUGUGAGCCCCACCGCGGGCCUUCUGGUCGUGCUGUGCGGCCGCGGCCCCAGCGUGCGCCUCUUUGCCCUGGCCGAGCUGGAGAAUGUGGAGGCAUCAGGUGCCAAGAUCCCCGAGUCUCGAGGCUGCCAGGCCCUGGCAGCCGGGCGCAUCCUGCAGGCCCGCACCCCUGUGCUCUGUGUCGCAGUCAAGCGCCAGGUGCUCUGCUACCAACUGGGUCCAGGCCCGGGGCCCUGGCAGCGCCGUAUCCGCGAGCUGCAGGCACCAGCACCUGUGCAGAGCCUGGGGCUGCUGGGUGACCGGCUGUGUGUGGGCGUGGCUGGCGCCUUCACCCUCUACCCGCUGCUCAACGAGGCUGCGCCCUUAGCACUGGGAGUCAGUCUGGUGCCCGAGGAGCUGCUCCCAUCCCGCGGGGGCCUGGGUGAGGCCCUGGGUGCCGUGGAGCUCAGUCUCAGUGAGUUCCUGCUGCUCUUCACCACCGCCGGGGUCUAUGUGGACAGCGCCGGCUGCAAGUCUCGCAUCCAAGAGCUGCUGUGGCCAGCAGUGCCCACGGGUUGGGGUUACGCAGCCCCCUACCUGACAGUGUUUAGCGAGAAUGCCAUCGAUGUGUUUGAUGUGAGGAGAGCAGAAUGGGUCCAGACGGUGCCACUCAAGAAGGUGCGACCCCUGAACCCAGAGGGCUCCCUGUUCCUCUUUGGCACCGAGAAGGUCCGCCUGACCUACCUCAGGAACCCGCUGGCAGAUAAGGACGAGUUCGACAUCCCCAACCUCACCGACAACAGCCGGCGCCAGCUGUUCCGCACCAAGAGCAAGCGCCGCUUCUUCUUCCGCGUGUCGGAGGAGCAGCUGCAGCAGCAGCGCAGGGAGAUGCUGAAGGACCCUUUUGUGCGCUCCAAGCUCAUCUCAGCGCCCACCAACUUCAACCACCUGGUGCACGUGGGCCCUGCAGACGGAAGGCCCAGCGCCAGGGACCUGCCCCCGGCUCCGGAAGAGAAGGGCCGAGGUGCCCGCAGCUCUGGCCCGCAGCGGCCCCACAGCUUCUCUGAGGCCUCGCGGCGCCCAGCUUCCAUGGGCAGUGACAGCCUCGCUGGAGACGCGGACCACACAGUGAAGAGGAAGCCUUGGACGUCUCUGUCCAGCGAGUCGGUGUCCUGCCCCCAGGGAUCUCUGAGCCCCGUGGCCUCCCUGAUACAGGUCUCAGAACGGCCCCGGAGCCUCCCCCCGGCCCCUGAAUCUGAGAGCUCCCCUUGACACCCUCCGGCGGGGCCCAACCCCCAAUCCCAGGACCGAGAGAUGUGAGGGAGCAAAGAGCUUGAGGAAUGCCAUAUUCCGGCUGGUCCGGGACGUGUGGAAAUUUGGACUCAGGGAGGGCCUGGGCUGGGCAGCCAUGGCCUGGGUUGCUAGGACAGGGCCGGGGGGGGGGGGGGGGGCGGAUCUGACUCCCAGCCCUCAUCCCGCCCUUCGCUCUGCUCCCAGCCCCAGCCUGUGCUAGCCAUGGGGAAUAGGAUGGCCCCCUUCUGCCCUGGGGGCCCCUCUGCGCCAGUGUCCAGGGGUGAUUUUGCCAAAGCUGUCACUUCCAGGACCAAGCCCCAGGAGUGCUGUGCGCAAGAGUCCAGAAGAGGGACAGAGAGGGGCCGGGUUCCUGGGAGCAGUCUGGGGUCUUGGCUGUGGACUGUCUAACCCCCAAGGAGGUUGAGUUGGGGCAUAUCCCAGUCUCUGCUCAGGGUCAGGGCAGGAAAGACAGGCUCUAAUCCAGAGAAAGAGGUAGAGAAGGAGGGAGAGGAUGUCGGUGAAGGAGGUGAGAGAGGCAAGGGGGAGGAAAGGAAGUGCAAGAGGAGGGGAUAGUGAUUGGAAGGAGGUGAAAGCCAUCCAGAGGAGCAGAGAAGGAUAAAGGAGGAGCGAUGGAGAAGAGAGAGGCCAGAGGAGAGGGGUGGAGGGAGAGGGAGCUGGGAGAGCACACGCGCAGGCGCCUUCU